UCUCCGGUCUCUCUCGCUUUAGAGGCUCCCACGGCAGUUCCCAGCCACUGUGUUCAGCCUGCCUGCCUGCCUCUGUGUGUGCGUGUGUGUGUGCGUGCGUGUGUGUGAGUGUGUGUAUGCGCGCGCGCGCGUGUGUGCGAGCGUGUGCGUGCGGCUACUUUGUAGUGGGGAGAACACAGCCCAUGUGCUCUGCAUGGACGUUACUGAUACUCUGUUUGGCUUGAUUUUCGACAAGCAGGCAAGAUGUCCAGCACACCACAUGACCCCUUCUAUUCUUCUCCUUUCGGACCGUUCUAUAGGAGACACACACCCUAUAUGGUACAACCAGAGUACCGAAUCUAUGAGAUGAACAAGAGGCUGCAGUCCCGCACCGAGGACAGCGACAACCUCUGGUGGGACGCGUUUGCCACCGAGUUUUUUGAAGAUGAUGCCACAUUAACCCUUUCAUUUUGUUUGGAAGAUGGACCAAAGCGAUACACUAUUGGCAGGACCCUCAUCCCUCGUUAUUUUAGCACUGUGUUUGAAGGAGGGGUGACCGACCUGUACUACAUCCUCAAACACUCGAAGGAAUCCUACCACAACUCAUCCAUCACGGUGGACUGCGACCAGUGUGCGAUGGUCACCCAGCACGGGAAGCCCAUGUUUACCAAGGUGUGUACAGAAGGCAGACUGAUUUUGGAGUUCACCUUUGACGACCUCAUGAGAAUAAAAACGUGGCACUUUACCAUUAGACAAUACAGAGAGUUAGUCCCAAGAAGCAUUCUAGCCAUGCACGCACAAGAUCCUCAGGUCUUGGAUCAACUGUCCAAAAACAUCACCAGGAUGGGGCUGACAAAUUUCACCCUCAACUACCUCAGGUUGUGUGUAAUACUGGAACCAAUGCAAGAACUGAUGUCCAGACAUAAAACUUACAACCUCAGUCCACGGGACUGCCUGAAGACCUGCUUGUUUCAGAAGUGGCAGCGGAUGGUGGCACCGCCAGCAGAACCCGCAAGGCAACCGACGACCAAACGGAGGAAACGGAAAAACUCCACCAGCAGCACCUCCAACAGCAGCGCGGGCAACGCCACCAACAGCGCCGGCAGCAAGAAGAAGACCGCGGCCGCCAACCUGAGUCUGACCAGUCAGGUACCUGAUGUGAUGGUGGUAGGAGAGCCAACUCUGAUGGGAGGUGAGUUUGGGGACGAGGACGAAAGGCUAAUCACUAGAUUAGAAAACACGCAGUAUGAUGCGGCCAACGGCAUGGACGACGAGGAAGACUUCACCAAUUCACCCGCCCUGGGGAACAGCAGUCCAUGGAACAGUAAACCUCCGGCCACUCAAGAGACCAAAUCAGAGAACCCCCCGCCCCAGGCUUCCCAGUAAGAGUGACCGGCUCCAGAAUCCACUGUCCAUAGCCCCCGUGGGUCACGCUCACUAUUUCAGAUCCUUACUUACAGGAGAGGAAGGAGCAGACGUUAAAACUUUGCCAUGCAGAUACCGAUCUCUAAACCACAAUGAUCUGAGUUUCUUUCUUCCUUUUUUUUUUUUUUUUCUUAAAUUGAGAGGACCAUUCCAAAUAAAUGUCCAUGACCCCUCCCUGGAGGCCUUCGCAGGUAACACAGAUACUGGCACUGAUCAUAAUUAAAACAAGAGCAAAUGCUAGCGCUUCUCCUGGCUCAGUUUGAACCUUGUUUGUUAAUUUCCUUUCACCAACCCCGCAUCCAACCAUCCAACGAAGGCCAUAUUGUCAGUAAACCCUCAGUGCUCAGGAUCCCAUUCUAUGCCGAAUCCAACUACAGAUGACUUUUUAAUAUUGUAAAAUAUUUUCUGCUUUUUGACUUGCAUCUGAGAGUUUCUUGUUUCAGUAAAAAAAGAAAAGGAAAAAAAAUCCGCUUUUGGAAAGUAAUUUAAACGUACCUUUAUUAUUAUUUUUUUUUCUCCUUCACCUUUUCUUUCUUUGGGUAACAGCGAAGAGGGCCCAGCAGGGUAAUUUAUGGCCAAGCUAAUGUCAAUUGGUCCUCGAGCCCGAGGUGGUUCAGUCGCGCCCGAGUGCAGAAACAAGAAAUGUCUUUUUGUCAUCAGAGACACCAAGACAGAUUUUUAUGUAAAGAAAGGCACCUGGCCCCUUGAGAAUGUAUUCGUUUGUAAAAUUGCUGUUGAUCCAAAUAUUUCAAGCCAUGUAAUCCAUUAAUUUUGUGGGCAGUUUAAUAAAUCUGAAACUUUUGGGUUUUUUUUUUAAUUGUAUCUGAGUUGACUGUUGUUUCUCUUCAUAGUAUAUUUCCUGUAUAAUAUUUUGUAAAGCCCUCACCUGGUUCUUUUAUGGGGACUUUUCUUUGGGGGCAAUUCCAGUGUAUUUAUGUGAAACUUUAUAAAAGAACUAAUUUUUCCAUUUGCAUAUUAAUAUGUUCUUCUAUACAUGUAAAGACACAGUGGCUCGUGUGUUAUAAAACAGCUGUAUUUUAUGUAUGCUUUAAUGAUAAGUGUGCCAAUAAUAAACUGUGUUAAUGACCAA